UGGUGGCGCCCUCCCGCCGCUGUGCCGUGGCGGAAAGAUGGCGGCGGCCAUGGCCUGAGCGGGACCCGGCGCUGCCCCAGCGGUGAGCGCGGCCGCGACCUCUCCCCGGUCUUCAACCGGCGCGGUGGCACUCGGUCCACCGUGUCCCUUUAGCCCUCGGGCCAGCGGGAGAUCCCCGGUACCUUUGGCGGGCCAGCCCUCGGCUCCCCCCGGGCUUCCCUGGAUCUCAGUCCCUCCUCAUCCCGGGGGACCGGAGCUCCUCGCUUCCCUCUCGGCAGGAUGAAGAUGAAGUAGAGCUCUGGCCAUGGACCAUGAGGCCCCCACCAUCAGGCCCCGGCGCAUCCAGAACCAGAACGUCAUCCACCGCCUGGAGCGCCGCCGGAUCAGCUCGGGCAAGGCCGGCACCCACUGGCACCAGGUCCGCGUCUUCCACCAGAACGUCUUCCCCAACUUCACCGUGGUCAACGUGGAGAAGCCGCCCUGCUUCCUGCGCAAGUUCUCCCCCGACGGCCGCUACUUCAUCGCCUUCUCCUCCGACCAGACCUCGCUGGAGAUCUACGAGUACCAGGGCUGCCAGGCGGCCGAGGACCUGCUGCAGGGCUACGAGGGGGAGAUCCUGGCCAACGGCAACGACCAGAGGUCCGUCAACAUCCGGGGGCGGCUCUUCGAGCGCUUCUUCGUGCUGCUGCACAUCACCAACGUGGCCUCCAACGGGGAGCACCUGAACCGCGAGUGCAGCCUGUUCACGGACGACUGCCGCUACGUGAUCGUGGGCUCGGCCGCCUACCUGCCCGAGGAGCCGCACCCGCCCUUCUUCGAGGUGUACCGCAACAGCGAGUCCGUCACCCCCAACCCCCGCUCCCCGCUGGAGGACUACUCCCUGCACAUCAUCGACCUGCACACGGGCCGGCUCUGCGACACGCGCACCUUCAAGUGUGACAAAGUCAUCCUGUCCCACAACCAGGGGCUGUACCUGUACAAGAACAUCCUGGCCAUUCUCUCCGUGCAGCAGCAGACCAUUCACGUCUUUCAGGUGACGCCCGAGGGGACGUUCAUCGACGUGAGGACCAUCGGCCGCUUCUGCUACGAGGACGAUCUCCUGACCCUGUCCGCCGUGUACCCCGAGGUGCAGCGGGACACGCAGACGGGAAUGGCCAACCCUUACAAGGAGCCCUUCAUCAACUCCCUGAAGCACAGGCUGCUGGUGUACCUGUGGAGGAGGGCCGAGCAGGACGGAAGCGCCAUCGCAAAAAGAAGGUUCUUCCAGUACUUUGACCAGCUGAGGCAGCUCCGCAUGUGGAAGAUGCAGCUGUUGGAUGAGAACCAUCUGUUUAUCAAAUACACAAGUGAGGACGUGGUCACGCUGCGGGUGACAGAUCCUUCCCAGCCCUCCUUCUUCGUCGUGUACAACAUGGUGACCACGGAGGUCAUUGCCGUGUUUGAGAACACAUCUGAUGAGCUGCUGGAGCUGUUUGAGAACUUCUGUGACCUCUUCAGGAACGCCACCCUGCACAGUGAGGCUGUCCAGUUCCCCUGCUCAGCUUCCAGCAACAACUUUGCGAGGCAGAUCCAGCGCCGGUUCAAGGACACGAUUGUGAACGCCAAGUACGGAGGGCACACGGAGGCCGUGCGGCGGCUGCUGGGGCAGCUCCCCAUCAGCGCCCAGUCCUACAGCGGCAGCCCCUACCUCGACCUGUCCCUUUUCAGCUACGAUGACAAGUGGGUGUCAGUCAUGGAGCGGCCCAAGACCUGUGGUGAUCACCCCAUAAGAUUUUACGCCCGUGACUCUGGCCUGCUGAAGUUCGAGAUCCAGGCGGGCCUCCUGGGGCGCCCCAUCAAUCACACAGUGCGGCGCCUGGUGGCCUUCACCUUCCACCCCUUCGAGCCCUUCGCCAUCUCGGUGCAGCGCACCAACGCCGAGUACGUGGUCAACUUCCACAUGAGGCACAGCUGCACCUAGAGGGACUCGGGGCUGCUCUCCUUGGCGCUGGGCCUCUGCCACAGGUGCACCAAAGCCAGACACUCACACCUUCUGGGAAACCAAACCAUCGCUCCUGGAAAGAAGCCUCACCUUGGAGCUCCUUCCUGUGGCAUUGCAGGGCCCUCAGCCUCAGCUGUGGAAAGCUGAUCCACCCCAGUCAUGGGGGUGGGUGGAUGCUUCUGACUUUGUACUGUGGAGAUCCUCCUGCUGUCCUUCCCUGUUCCUGUUGAUGAACAAAGCGUAGCUGAGGUUCCUUUCCUGGUUUCCCAGAGGCAUGGCUCUUUCCUAUCCUGCUGUGGGUCUUAGGAUAGCAGAGAUGGAGCUCUGCAUCACACUUGUGGAGCGCUCCCUUCUGCACUGGUGGACAAAUGACCUGUCACAGAGGGAAGGGAUGGGAGCCAUGGGGAGGGCUUGGAUACAGCUACCCCUGUUUGUAUCUUCAGAAUUGCUAGGGAAAUGAGAUCCUGCUCUCAUCCAUACAAUCUCCGCAUGUCAUUUUAACAUGCAAGAGGUCAGGAAAAAAACGGUGGGAGAAAUCACUACAGUUGAGAGACAUGAGGUGUGUUCCUGACCCUUAUGCAAGUCACUUAAUCUUUGUGCCUUAGUAAAAGCUCCUAAGUGAGAGGUGGUGUCAUAGCAGCAAGCCAGGGCAGCUGGUUGUGUCUGUAAUGCACGAGGUGGGUGCAGGAGGAAGAUGGGUGCCUGGGAAGGGUGCGGGGAGCAACAGCAGCUCCUUGGUCAUAUCAGAAGGACUUUUCUGCAGCAUGGGGGUUAAUCCUCGCAGCCAUCUGCACGUUGUGCUGCCAGCUGCUGGCACCCUCCUGUGUGUUGGAGUACCAGCAUAGAAAAUGAGUAGGAUUUGCCCAGGAAGAAGGGUAGAGACCUGAAUUCAGGUUCGCUGCUGUGGGUGGGCAGUCUGGAGAUGAACUUGUUGCUUACCUCUGUCUGUUUGAUACACUGUUCUCUGUGAGAACCCAGAUGCUGUUUCCAGGCUUCAGAACACAGCUGGCCAGCGUGGCAGUGUUGGCUGGACCAUGGCAGUGUUUGUGCUGCUGAUAAAUUAAGCUCCUGGGUGUAAUUACCUGCCACUGUGGGCUGGUGCGGAUGCUGGCCUGCCCUUCUUGCUUAAAAAUGGAGUUUUUGGUUGUGGGCCAGCAUUUGGGGGUUUUUACAUGAGGGCUGGUUUAUGACUGCUGCCAGGCAGCACAGCCAUCCCAGCAUCACAAUGUGCUCCUUCAGAGGCUGCAGCCUGUUCUUGUCCCAUUCCUUUAGGAGGUACAGUGGGGGCAAUAGAAAAUUGGUGCUAAUACACAGGAGACCCUCUCCAUGAAAGGACCCUGUGGGUGUCUUAAUUGGACCAAAAUGAGCUGUGGGUGAUGUGUUGUGGCCUCAUGCCUGUAAAGAGGAGUGCUGGAGUCAUGCAUUCAUUUUGCUGGUGAUGCACUGGAGAAGAGCUGUGUGGGUGGGGGUGCCUGCUCAUGGUAUGAGUGGUGGACCUCAGAAUUAAGGGUGUCCUGAGGUCCUUGAAUCAUCCUUCGCUCUCUGCCUCACUGUACUUCUCUCCUGGUCUUGCUAAACAUUAUUUCUAGAAAGACAAUGCAUUUCACUGCUCUUUUCCUGGUGUUUGCACUGUUGGUGUCUCAGGUCUGUCAGGAGUGCCAGCGGGUCAGGAGACUGCUAACAGAGGAGGUGUCAGUGCUUUAGCUGCAGGUUCCUCUCAUCUAAUAACACUAUUUGUCAAGGUUUUAGGGUUUUAUCCUGUGAUCUGUUCCUCAAACAUUCAAUUAAAGCUCCAAGUGGAGAAUCGUUUGCACACUGUAGAUCAUGGAUUUACCUCCCUCUGCACCACUCUCACAGCUGUUCGCACUUCAGUAUGAGACUUUUUUUUCUCCCCAAGCUUCCAGCUGCUCCAUCUGAGACUUUGUUUACUCCUUGGUGUCACAGCCUCAGGAAGUCAGUGCUUACUAAAUUAGCUGUCAGAUCUCCAUUGAGACUCCUUUUUUCAGUGGCAAAAAUAUAAACUUCAGCAUUUCUGUAAUAGGGGCUUUUGCUAAAUUGAGGCUUCCCUGUGUGAAGCAGAGUGUGGCAUGGAUUGUUGGCCAUGGGGCUGAGAGAGAUCUGUUCUUAGCUCUACUAUUAAAUUGUGAGGCUGGGGGCAAAUCUUUUCCUACUCCAGCUGGUGUUUUCUUCUCCAUAAAUGAGGCCAAAAACAUAUUUUCAUCUUUUGUAAAACACUUUGAGAUUCAUGGAUAAAAAGUGCUGGGUAAGUGCUAAGUAUUUUCUUAUUAUGUUUGCAGACAAACUGAUCAUACUGGGUACUAAUUGCCUUGGAGUAGCACAGCAGAUCCUCUGGUCUUGGCUGCUGCAUUUUAUAUCAACAACAGAGUUAAUUUUGUUACAGAAAUUUAUGGAAAGAAAAGUCUCUCAUGCUUGAAAUUUUGAUUCUUUUAUUUAAGAAACAAAAAGUGUGUGUGGUGGGGAGGGAAGGAGAAAAGGGGAGAUAUUUUCUACCUGAUAUUUUUCCUAGGUUAGGGUAAAGAUUUGUUAGCAACACAAGACAAAACCAGAAUAAACAGAAUUUGCUUUAAAAGUCUGAUUUAUUGUCUUUAUCUUCCAAAAAUCUGAAUGGUAUAGAUGGGAAUUCCUUUGCUAAGAAGAGAUGGCAGGGCUGUGCAGACAUAUCCCAUGGGAGCUUGCUGCCUCUUCCUGGCACUUGGAGUACAAGUGUCCUUAAGAAUAUUCCCACCUGAGGCAUUUCUGUAGUUCCUGCAGAUUUCUCUAAUUCUUGUCUACAUGAACUAAUGACGGGAGAGGAUUUCUUGGUUACAUUUUUCCCUUUGUAUAUUAUUACUAGCCCAGCUUGUACUCAGGGACUGUUCCUUUAUUCCAUUUACAGCAUUUAUCUAACCUUUUGGUCACUUUCUGCAUGAUCGAGGGAUGAAAGCUUGUUGUGGUUUAACCCCAGCUGGCAGCUCAGCCCCACAGAGCCACUUGCUCAGUCCCUCACCUGUGGGACUGGGGAGGGAAUCGGGAGAGUAAAAGUGAGAAGACUUGUGGGUUCAGAUAAACACUGAUUAUUGGGCAAAAGCCACAUAUAAGCAAAGGAAACCGAGGAAUUAAUUCCCACUUCACAUGGUCUGGCAGGUAUUUAGCCACCUCCAGGGAAGCAGGGCUCCAUCCCCUUUUGCCCCAGCCAGAGCUGGCACAAAGCUGAGCACACCUUGCUUGGCAGAGCAGCCUGUCCACUGCUUUUAGGUUGGGCUGAGGCACUCAGAUUUUCCAUGUGCUGCUCCCUGCCUCUUGCAGAACAGUCUGGCUGAGAACUCUGCAGCAUCCCUGUUUGUGUUAGUUCCUCUAACCAUCUGCAUCUUGAGCAGUGAUUUUCCUUUGAACCUUUGCCCCAUUUCUCAGCUGCUUUCCCGUGCAGACCUUGAGCACACCAGAAAGCUCUUGAGCCCGUGGCUUUUCAGACAGGCACUAAGUGAGGAGGAGAUGCUUGAGCUGGAAACUGUGUUUGGCAGCAAAAUCCCAUCUUUUGUUGCUUCUCGUGCUGCCUUUGCUUUAAGAAAAUAAAGUAGUGAAAGCAGGACAGCUGCAUUAUUAUAUGAAAGGCAUUAGGCAGCAAGGCACAGAAAUCCCAUUAGAGUCAAACAUAUGGAUAUGUUUAGGAUGUGUCCCUACUAAAGACUCCUAUCAAAUAACCUUCCAGUGCUCAUGGCCGGCCCUGAUUUAGCUGUCUGUGUGUACUGCCAGGACCUUCCUGUUGCGCAGGUGCUGCAUCUGUUAAGCUCUUCCCUUGGUCAUUUGGACCCAGCUAGAAGAAUCAGGUUUCUGAUGCUUUAAGAAAUCCCUUUGUUUUUCUUCUUUAGGAUCUGUCUUGCUGCUUUUCUGCCAGCUUUUCCUGCAAGGAUCUCUCAGGGCUGUGGGCAGAGAGAUGGUAAAGGGAUAGCAAUGAGACAUGUGGCCCUCUCACAGCUGUUGUCCUUCUGGGAGCCUUAUAUAGGUGCAUGCUGCAGAGCAAAUGGAUGUCCUGUGGACAAUGGGACAGGAUUUUGUGGGUUUACUUCAUCCUUGCUAUGCAAGUUCCAGAGUCUGUGUCUUUGAUGUGCCUGAAUCUUGUGCUUCCUUGUCUUGUUAAAUGGUAGUAAAAGCUUUUCUGGUCAAAUACUCAUGAGGAGGAGGGAAUGGUGAAAUGGCUUUUUAUUUUUCAUUGUUUUCCUUGCUCAGGGGCUGUGGGCUGAGCUGUGCAGUGCAGUUCCAGCCUGGUGCUGGCUCAGGCAGCCCCAGCCCCUGCUAGAGCUGUUUGCUGACCGUGGUUUGAUUUGACUUUGUUUCUCUUGGGGAAAAGCUGUACUUACUCUGUAAGGAAAAAAAAUUCUCAGAAAAAUACUGAUGUGGGAAAAACA